GUAAAAGUAUAUCACGGUGUCCAUUCAAUCCCAAUUGAUCACGUGCCCACCAAACCUAGUUGCAAACCCAAUAGGCUUCUUUGGAUUCUCUGCUUUUUCAUGCCAAUUCCUUUUUUAUUUGUUAGACAUCAACCAUAAACUAUAGUUUACCUAGCAUAAAUUUUAAUUCUUGGUGAAAUUUUGAGUUACUAGCUGUAUAUUAAAUUUGGUUAAAGAUUUAAGAACUCAAAGUAAAAUUUAGUUUCGUUGAAAGAUACAUAUAGCAAAGCAAAAGUUAUGACAAAAGUACGUUGAAGUAUUGGAUGUGGAAUUUAAUCCGGUCUGAUUGGUAACCAUUCUGGAAAAAAAGAGAAAUGAAUAAGAAAUGAAUAUAGAAGAAUAAAAUAGUAUGAAUGAAAAAGAACGGGUGUUCCUUCUCAAAUUUUAGAAGGAAUGAUUUUGUUCUUUAUUUCUCUACAGAAAAAUGAAUGAAAAAAAAUGAAAAAAAAAAAAUUAUUCCUUAUGAAUGGUGAUUAUUUUUAGAAACAUUAGGGAAUGCAUUGGUCACCAUUCAUGCAGACAUGUUACAAAAUAAAAAUUCAAUACACGACGAACCACACACAAUCUGGAUCCAACUUUAGCUCAGGCAGCUGUUUCUUUAAGAGGUUCACAUAAUCAUUAACCUAUCUCUAAUUAUCUCUAAUUCUGUUAUUCCCGUGACUUUGCGGUAACAUAUGUGGAACAAGAAGAAAUUAUCUCCGUUUCGAAAACCAUAGCUUUACUGGCGGUAAGAAAUGUUAGUUUGAUAGUUACUUGAUUUUGGGGAAAUUAAAAUAGUGUUUUGAUGAGAUGUAUGAUGAAUGUUAUGCUAAAGGUUAAUAAAUUUGAGUUGUAAAACAUAAUGAAAAGGAGAGAUUGUAACUCAAGAAAUGGAAAGCUUGAUAGGUUAUUGCAUGGAUGAAAUUUUGGUUUUGUGGAUAUCGUGUUACAUAUAGAGGAUGGUGUGUACUUCAAAAGACUUAAAAAAAAAACGUAAAAACGUGCUGUUGUAGAAUAUUUUCACAUAUUUAUUUGGCGUGAUAACAUUAAAAAUAUUCUUAGAUCACAAAUUAUAAUAUUUAGUGAUACUAAAAUAUAAUAUAUUAGAUAAUAAAAGAAAAUGAUUUGAUAUAUAUUUUGGUAUUAUCUAAUGUUGGUAGUUAGAGUUUUUGACAUUGUAAUUCUCAGAAAUAAUACAAAAUAUUUUGAGGUUUCGUAUGUACAAAAUUGUUUAAAGAAUUCCUAAUAAAAAAUGUGUUUUGGAAUUUUUUUUACAUUUUAUUUUCGUUCAAUUUUAAUUCUACAACAAAUAUCCCGGAGUGUCAUGAUUCUCAAGUCUCUCUCUCUCUUCGUUUUAUUUAAUUUAAUAAAAUUUUGGGAUAAGUGGAAAUGCAUGACAUCAAAUGUUAGAUUAAAAGAAAAUUUGAGAUAUAAGUUAAAGAAACUAAUCCUACUGAUAUAUGAAAAUUAAGAUUCAUUAUAUAUUUAGGUGUUAUCUAGAUAUAUUACCUAAUAUGAUCAUGAGUUAAUAAGCUCUAUAUAAGAAGAUGUCAAGUUAUGACAUAGCUUACAAGAGUUUAGAGAUUAAAAGCUUUAGCAAUACGAAUAUUGUUCUGGAGUCUUAAUUUUUGAAUUCUAUAUCAAACCAUGUGCCCCUCGCACUCUGUAUCAACUCUAAAGAAAGCAGCUUUGUCCCCAGCUAUCAUCCCACAAGGCAAUCGCUGCUUUGUGGAUGCGGCUUGGAACCUUCUGACAGGAACAUGUGGCAUGGGAUUGGGUUACAUAUGGGGAGUGGCAUGUGCUUCCUGUUUGUUUGUAAAGAACAGCCCAUAUUGAAUAAAAAGUAAAAACUAAACUACAGAAUAUAUAUAUAACAUUUUUUUAUUAAUAGGUUGAACCAAUAACGUUAAUUUUGAUAUAACAAGAUUGAAUUGAACUGUGACACAAAAAGUUGAAUUGAAAAUACCCUACCAUGAGUUGUUUGGUUGAAAGCUUACUUUAUUGAUUUAAAGUAAUGGGAUUACAAAAUCCGAGGCAAGUAGGGCUUGAUUAGUCAACAAACUCGCCUCACUAUUAUCUGAACUAAGGACAAAACCAAAAGGAUUUGGUACAAAGCAAAUGAACGUAAAUGCAUAUUUAUGGAAAGUAAUUCAAGAUAAGGGCCUCUUAAAACGUAAUGUGAAGAAAUUUAACGAAUGUGAUAAAUCAGAAAUCAAACUCAGAUAUGUAGAUGAACACAAAAGGCCAAGAUGAAAUUCAUUUUGGUUUUAUGGUCAUCGACUAGACUCAUGUUCUCUUUUUAUACACAAUCCAUUUAAACCCUAGCUAUUUCAUAAAACCUUAGAUGAGAAAGACAAGUGCCAUCCUCUGAUCUACCAUGAGUGCUUUGAUUCGUUUUGCGGUCGCGACAACUCGAUUGCACAUAGCUUUUCCAUACUAGUUUGGGAGACACUUCAUCUGUUUUCGUCAGAUGAUUGUUGCUCAAGUGAGAUGAAUUCUGGACUGGACCGUGUUUUCAUUUGGCCCAAUGUUGAGGUGAGAACAACUUCUGGUUUCCAUAGCCCAAAAUCAGAGACUCAAUUUAUGUUGCUUGACCUGAGUUGCAACUUUGACAUCCUCUCUCAGCUAACAUAUUUUACAGAUUUAAAAUUAUUUUUACAAUUUAAUUAGUUGUAAAAAAACAAAAAAUAUUAGUUGUAAGAAACAAAAAAUAAUAAUUUAAUUAUAUUCGAAAAUUUAUAUAUGAUCAUGACCAAAAAUCCAAUCUCUUCUCGUGUGUCCAUAAUACCUCUUAAUAUAUAUUUAAUGCAAAAUUUAGGGAAUCUUUCAAGAGGAGUGUUCAAAUACAAUUCGACACUUCGGAGAAUUUUUGCUCUUACAAAGAAGUAGUUGCUUAUAAGACUCAAACUCCUAUGAUAAAAAUGUGUACAUAUGAAAAGUGAUCAUGCCAAGGUAACUUUGCAUGAAAUAUCGCAUAAAAUGACCUUUGAUUUAUCUUUCUUAUCGUCUGUCAUAAAGAAAUAUAUAAUAAUAAAAAUCAUUACAUUAUUUGUUUUCAGCAUUAUAAGAAUUAAAAAGCGAGAAGAAAGACAGAAAAUGCGUAGGGGGAAAAGAAAAGGUAAAACAAAGAGAAAAACGCGUCUUUCCCAUUCCAUUAGGCAUGCAAUGCGCGGCCGUGAAACGGUGAAAGAAGCUCACUCCUCUCCUUUUAUUUAUAAAGACAUACAUAUAUCUUUAAUUAACGUUUCUAUGUUUCAUAAAAGUUAAUUAAUGGAUGUAACAAGUCAUUUUCAUUUAGAUUCUCUGGUAACAUCAAACAAACGGUUUUGACUAAUUUCUAUGGAUUAUUGUUUAUUGAGAACGACUUGUAAACAUACAAAUACAAAAUAUUCAAAUAGAUUAACAUGAGACUGAGACGCUAGGACGUGUAGAUUAUUAUCUUAUAAGAAAAAUAUAGACUUCUCAAUAUUAUUACAUCACAGUCUUUUUUUCUUUAUCUUGAACUGGUCUAAAGACGGACAAUUAUCUUAUGUUAUGAACUCCUGAAAUUUCUUGAAUCCUCUCUGUCUAUCUAAAAAAAAAGACCAGGAAAGAGACAAAAGGAGACAUUAAUGUUUAAACAAAGCACGUAAUAACAACAAAUUAUUACGUGAUAAUAAUUUAUUACUUCCAAAUAUACACACAAAAUUUUAUCAGAAUGAAAAUAUACUCUUUAAUUCUUCCUUUCUCUAUAUUCUCUAUAUACACAAAUACAAACAUCGUAUAUAUCAAGUAACAGAGAGAAAAAUCCUUCUUGACCGGAGGGACGCCGUCUUCCAUAAGAAUAUGCACGGUGGUGGAGAGACGACGGCCACGGCGACUGAGGCGAGGGGGUUGAAGAAAGGGUCGUGGACGACGACGGAGGAUGCGAUUUUGACGGAGUACGUGAGGAAACACGGCGAAGGUAACUGGAACGCGGUGCAGAAGAACUCAGGCUUGCUCCGGUGUGGGAAAAGCUGCCGUCUACGGUGGGCUAACCAUCUCCGGCCAAAUCUAAAGAAAGGAUCAUUUAGUCCUGAUGAAGAGAAGAUCAUCAUCGAGCUUCACGCUAAGAUGGGAAACAAAUGGGCUCGUAUGGCUUCUCAGUUACCUGGACGAACCGACAACGAGAUAAAGAACUAUUGGAACACAAGGAUGAAGAGAAGACAACGAGCUGGUUUGCCUUUAUACCCUCACGAGAUUCAUCAUCAAGGGAUUGAUAAUGAUGAUGAGUUUGAGUUUAAUUCAUUUCAGUUCUCAAACCAAGACCAUUCUAAUCACCAAAACAUGAUUCAAUACACUAGUUCCUCUAAUACUCCAUCACCGUCCUCUUCAUUCUCUUCUUCAUCUUCUCAACCUCAGAAAAAUAUGUGUUUAGAUCCCUUAAUCUAUACUAAUCCCAGCCUAAACCACAUCCCCGAGACUCCGAUGAAUACUCAUAUGUUCUCUCUUCACAACAAUAGCCUAGAAAAUGAGAACAACCAGUUUGGUUUCUCUCUUUCUUUGUCCUCAUCCUCAUCGUCGAAUGAGUUUUGCACUAAGAAAGACACUGAUGCUAUGAGUUAUAGUUCAUUUCUUAUGAGGGAUCAUGAGAUGAGACCGAGUUCUUUCCCUUUAGGACUAGACAAUGCUGUCCUAGAGCUUCCUUCAGUCCAAACAACGACCCAUUUUCGCAGUUAUAAUACUAUUAUUGACAAUGGUGUCCAUCUUUAUCCACCUGCGGGCAACAGUGGAUUGCUUGACACCGUCUUGGAGGAGUCUCGAGCCUUGUCUCGCGGUGGAAUCUUCAAGGACGUUACGGUUUCUUCUAGUAGUCUAUGUGAGGAUCAAGACAAGAGAGUGGAAAUUGAUUUUGAGAAUCGGUUGAUAGAUCAUCUAAACUCUUCUCAUCAAUCAUCAUCAGAAACAACCCCUAAUCUUUACAAGAGGUACAAUGAGCCAACGAUAGUGAAGACAACAAUGGAUGAUGAUGAUGGCAUACUACUGAGCUUUAUCAACAACUUUCCUUCCACCACACCGUUGCGUGAUGACUGGUACCGGGUGACAGAAAUCCAAACAGAAGCAUUAACGAGCGGAAUCUUGAUAGGAAACCAUCAAGGUAACAGCAAACUGGAACCACAAAAGGCACCACCUUCAUCCGGCACUGUAGAUCCUCUGGCCUUGUUGGGGUCAUGUUACUGAGGCAACAUGCCUAGAAAAUGCUAAUUUGGAGAGUAUCCACAUGAGCAAAACCAUUUAUUUGGUAACUGGAAAUUAAGAAAGGAGAAAAGGCUCUCUAUUCAAGAGCUUAAUUUGUUUCUGUCUGUGUAAAAUCUUUUUAAGCAUUCAGUUUGGGAUU